AUGUCGAAACGCAUUGUAGAUCUGAGCGCAGAUGAUCCGGGCGCUGUGUCCGCGAUGAUCCAGUACUGCUAUCAGCUAGACUAUGGAGACACUCGACCCGAUUCGAAUCCCGCUCUCUACAGCGUGGUGGCUCUUCGACCGCAUCUCGACACUUACCUCCUAGCUGAACGAUAUGGCAUGCCUGGCUUGCAGAAGCUUGCAGCACAAAAGUUCGAGAAGCUGGCGGUGGCGGUUUUGACAACAGUGGGUGAUGAGGAGGAGUUCUUGCAAGCUGUCAAAGAUCUGUAUGCGCCAUUACGGAGGACGAGAGCAGACGAGCUGCGACGCGUGGCGGUAAAGCGUUGCGCAGAUCAUCUUGGCAGUGCAGUUCUGGGUAUUGGCAAAGAGGUCUCUGGAAUCGUUGCCUUGAUGGACGAAGUUCCUGAGUUCAGGUCAGACCUUUUCGAAGAGCUUGGGAAGCGGUGGAAGUGA